CCGGGCAGGUGGCGGGGCUGCAGUCAGAUCCAUCCGGGGCCGGAUAGGGAAGGAUGUGGGGUAACGGAGGGGGUCGUGGGGGCUAGGUCCCUUCCCUGUUCUCCGUGCUUUGCGGGCAGUGCAAAAGAGGAGCCUCCCGAGACGCCGGUUGUGUCCGCCCCGGGAGCCUUGGCGGAGGACUAGGCACGCUGGGGUCUCCGAGGGGCCUUUGGGAGGGGUCCCUUUGAGACUUGAGGCAGGCUGAAAGGUGACCCGCUAGCGGGGAGGGCGGCCAGAGGGCCCCUUGGUGCACCCAAGGGGGGAGGAGGGGGGCAGGUUCCCCAUGAGGGGAAGGAAGGGGCUUCCCUUAGGAACCCACAAGAACAUCUCCAGGUGGCCCAAGGAAGUAGGGUGGGGGGCUGAGAGAGCUUGGAGGGAGGAUUUGGGGGCGUCCGCAGAGGAGCUGCUCGCGUCCUUGGCGCUCUGCAGCGAAGCACAGUCUGGAGGAGAUCAGGGGAAUCCUCUGAAGGUGUAUAGAGGAAGAGGGCACUCAGGGUCCUUGUAGGAUCCCUAGGAUACUUCUGAGGGUGGGCUUUCCCGAAAGGUCUGUGGGAAUUUCUAGGGGAAAAGGUGAGGGGUCCCUAAGAGACCCUGUGAGGAAUCUAGAGCCAUGGCCACCCGGCGUUUAACAGACGCAUUCUUGUUGUUGCGGAACAACGCGAUCCAAAGCCGGCAGCUGCUGGCUGAGCAAGUGAGUAGUUACAGCUCCUCCAGCCCUCUGACUUCACGUAGCAUGGCUGCUGCGCUCGCGGAUGAUCGCAUGGCAUUGGUCUCAGGGAUCAGUUUAGACCCCGAAGCAGCUAUCUGUGUAACGAAGAGGCUUCCUCCAAAGUGGGUUGAUGGAGUGGAAGAAAUUCAGUAUGAGGUCUCCAGGAUAAAAGUAAAGAUGAAAGAACUAGCUAGCCUGCAUGACAAGCAUUUAAACAGGCCAACUCUGGACGACAGCAGUGAAGAAGAACAUGCAAUAGAAAUAACCACGCAAGAAAUCACACAGCUCUUCCACAGGUGCCAGAGAGCAGUUCAAGCAUUACAUAGCAGGUCUCGAAGCUGUACAGAGCAGGAGCGGCGGCUGCUGAAGAACGUUGUGUCGUCCUUGGCCCAGUCCCUUCAGGACCUGUCCACCAACUUCAGACAUGGGCAGUCUGGCUAUCUCAAGCGCAUGAAGAAUAGAGAAGAAAGAUCCAAACAUUUCUUUGGCACUUCAGUCCCCCUUAUGGAUGAUGGUGAGGACACAACGCUGUAUGAUCGGGGCUUUACAGAUGACCAGUUAGUACUGGUGGAGCAAAACACACUGUUGGUAGAAGAGCGGGAACGGGAAAUCCGACAAGUUGUACAGUCUAUUUCUGAUCUCAAUGAAAUUUUUAGGGACUUAGGAGCAAUGGUAGUAGAACAGGGUACAGUCCUUGACAGAAUCGACUACAAUGUUGAACAAUCAUGUGUUAAAACAGAAGAGGGAUUGAAACAGCUACAUAAGGCUGAGCAGUACCAAAAGAAGAAUCGGAAGAUGCUUGUCAUUUUAAUUAUGUUCGUAAUAGUAAUUUUCCUAAUUAUUGUUCUCAUUGGUGUGAAAUUUCGCUAAGUAGCACUCCAGUUUUGUUCUUCCUUUUUUGUGUAUGUAUGUUUGAAGGGGGAUUGGGGUUUGGUUUUGUUUGUUUGGCGUUUUGUCUCCGAUAUGAAUGGGUGAGCCUGCACUCUUGAAAGUUGCCUUUGAAUGAAUGUAUAAGCCCUCACGGUGCAAAGUCUGUGCAAUGUUUCUGUAGAAACCUUUUUCUGUUUUACAUGCUCAAUAUUAUGGUAGGUAAUGGUAUGCAGAAAUAUUGGGAUUUCUGAUAAAUGCUGCCAAAUCAGACAUCUGGUUCUUUAUCUCAGGAUUUGGAACACUGAAAUUGCAUGGGUUAUAUCCUAAAUGUGGACUCGCUCCUAAGUGUUUAUGCAUGGAAGGGGUCAUUCUGUUCACAGAGCAGAAACUUAGGAUACAACCGCAUAUAUUUAGAAAGGAAAACUGACUAAAAGAUUUCACAAAGUACAAUAAUUACUGUCACUGUAUUCAGAACCCUAAUGCUGUCAAUCUCGGUCUCCGGUGUUAUGGUUAAUCUUGGACCUUGUAAACUGUCUAUGUUUCCAUUUGGACUUGAUACCAAAAAGCUAUGGUUUGUAGGUUAAAAUGCCUUAAACAAUUUGGUUUUGCCUAGUUUUCCUUCAGAUUUUUAUUUUAAUCUUUUAUAGUGUAACAGAAGUGAACGCUUUCUAAAAUGUCAAAUAACUCAGACUGUGACAUCAUCAUAUUACUAAUUUUUCUGGAUCGGUAUUUAGCAAACCAUAAUCAGUGCUAUAAAUUGACUUUCUAUGCUUCAUAUAAUCUGGAAUGUGUCUCCACUCCCACCCUGGAGUUGUCAUGCAUUGUUUUUCUACUGCAUGUAUUCUGAAACACUCAGAUGUUGAGCCCAUAACUGAAAUGAAAUUAUCCCCUUUCCUCCCCCUGCCUUAUUGUAUCAGAAUCAAUUGUGCUUUAUUUCAUCCUGUACUUCCAGAUAUUGAACAGCAAAAAGCAUGGUGCUAGCCAUGCAUGUAACUUAAGCCUGGGUGAAAUAAAUGGAAUGGUGAGGUAUAUGUAUCAGAAUCAUGUCCUUAAAUAAGAACUUUUGUCCUCUGCUCUCUGGCUGCAGAGAAGGCUUGAGAAAUAUUUGGAAUGCUGUUUAGCUGUGAUUAAGUGCUAUACUACUGGUUACUGUACAUCAGGAUUCCAUGGUUCCUCUAAAGCAUCAGAUGACUGUGAAGAGAGGGAUCAUUUAAAGGAUAAAAUAUUAACAGUUUACCUGGAUCCUAACAAUACUAUGUGGCUUUCUUUUUAAAAAAAAGAAAGAAAAAGAAAUGCAUUCAGUAUUGACUAAUUUAUUUAAAGCUUGUAGUGUUGUCUCUUCCUGUUGUACUUAUUGAUGUGGUCUGCCUCCAUUUUGCAGCUGCCUUGUGCCCUCAACCAAUCAACUAGAAUAAUAUUUAUAGCAUUAUCUGUGCACUGACUCUCCCCAGUUUUCCUUGGAUCAUCCAGCUCUUGGUACCCAUCAGAUUUUGCUAGACUGACAAAUCGUGGAAACAAUUUGCAUCCUCUUGCCUUGGUUCACACCAGCAUUAUUUACUAGUUAGAGGCAGAGGGCACAGUCUUAGCAGGAAUGUUGCCUGCAAAAGCCCCAAUGAAGUGAACAGGAGCCCCCCUAACUCAUAUGCCUCUGUCUCUCAUUUUAGUGGAGCCUGUGCUGUAGGUCUUUCCAGUGGCUCAGAGUCUGGCUGGCAACACUGGCUUUGCCUCCAGUGUAUAGAUCAUUACAGACAAUGGUGCAGUGUUUUCCAGGGCUUUAAGUCAUUGUUUCAUCCUCUGGAUUAUUCACUUGUUGAAAAUUGACAGGUAUAUUAGUCCGAGAGGGCUGUUCUGUGUGGAAAGGGCCAUAAAAGAAGCUAUUUGUCCCUCCUACCUACAGAAGAAUGCACAAUAUAAGGCUGACAUCUCUGCUGCCCUGCAAAAAUUGUGCUGUCUCCUGGACUAGGUUCUGCUCUGGUUGCUGGUUGCAUCCUAAGGCAAUGGAUUGUAGUUGCAGCUUUGUCAAGAGACUGUCACUGUUCAUCUUGGGACACUCCUCUAGCUGUCCCCAGCUGGCAGUGGCUGCUGCUACUUCCUAAAACCAAUCCCAGCUUAGAGAGCCAGUUGGUGGAGGCCGUGAUAGGGCAGUAUAACCUCAGAGAGUGUGGCAGUGCCUCAAGGCUGUGCUUGUUGCCUGUUGGACUGUUUAGUGGGGCGCAACCCACAGAUGGCUUAAAACACAGUGGGAGCUGAAUUUGCUCCAGUAAACAUAUGCACACUCAUAGGAAUGUCUUGCUGCUUGCAUAUUUGUGUGUUGUCAUGGUUGUUGAGACCUGUUGAACCCCCUUCCCAAGAAGACAAGGCUCAGGUGGUGCAACCUUUUGCUCAUGAGGGGUGCCUAGAUAUACUUGCAGGGGCAAUGCGUGUGGACUGCAUAGGCUGAGUAGUCAUGCCUUUCAACAGGGAGUUAAACUAGAUGGUGUUUUGAUCUUCCCCAUCUUUCAUUCUGUGUGUGUGUGUGUGUGUGUGUGUGUGAGUGAUAUAAAUGAUUUGGCUCAUGUUGGCUGGUUUGGUUGUGUCUCCUCUGCAUGAAAAACUAGAUGUUAGUGGGGAAAGUCUAGUCUGUGGAGAUAUUAUUUUUAAUGGAGGACCAUUCAGUUGUUUAACCCCACUGUCCCCACCCUUGCACAAUUGAAGUGGUACAGUCUAGACUCACAAGCUUACCCCAUUGGUGCAAAUUAGACCUAGGACAAGCACACUUGAAAGAUCCAACUGAUUGCAGGUGAAGAGAAGGAGCUAUUCUCCAAUAGGGGUUUUUAAAAAAAACAAACCUCCCUCCCAUUUUUAAUACUGUGUUGUCCUGUGCUAAAACGUGUGUGUGUACAUGUUCUCUCUCUCUCUCUCUCUCUCUCUCUCUCUCUCUCUCUCUCUCUCGCUAAAUUAAAAGGCGUCUAGAAAUGAAAGUGCAUUAGAAGGCCUCUUGUGUCAGUCUAUGUGAAAUUUACAUCAUGCGAGCCACUCUGGCUGUACUGGGGCAGACUGUUGUUUCUGUUGUGCUCUCAGCGUAGAUGGGGCUUUACAGCACCAACAGAACAGACAUGUCUCAGGGAGCUGAUAGUCUAAAGUUUGGCACAGGGGAGACCGAGAGAUGAAUAUGAGCAAACACCACGUACUUAAGAUUUAUGGAGAUUUGAGGGAGGAAGAGGAUAAGCAAGAACUUGUAUGUUGUUUCCAGCCUCUGAAAGAAGCUUAAAUGUGGCUGAAAUGUUCCUAAGACCCAAACUUCUUAUUGAGAGUUAUGAUGGGGCAGAUGGUGCAAUGAAGAAUACUUGCUGGUUGCCAUGGGGCUCUUUUUAACUGCAGUGUUGUAUUAUAAUAUGAAGUACUGUUGCAACAACUGUUGUUCUGCCAUGUGUGUGCUUAUGAAUUUCAUUCAUCCUUUUGGUUCAACAAUAGGAACCUUCUAGUUCUAACUAUAGUCCUUAAAUAAAACAGAUGGCAAUUUAUUUUUUGGGUGGAAGGCCAUAUCUGUGCUAUCCUCAAAAGAACUCUGGGAAGAUUAUUGAUGCAGAGCAGUGCUUUUAGUAUAGCCAGGACGAUGUGCAAAUUCUGUGAUUCAUUGUGCUAGUGCUGAGACUGGACACUAAUUCUGUAUUUUGAUGAUGUUAUUUUAAAGCAACUUUCUUACCCACUUAAGUCACAGAGCAAAGCCAAGAGAAUGGGUCAGUAUCUGCUAAAGGCUUUUUCUUUGCUAUCUGAAUUUGGCCAACAAUGUGAAAUCAUUUGAAAAAUGCCGUCUUGGAUGCAGAAUAUAUUAUAUAAAGGAAACAGAUGCAAAUUUUGUUUACUUCAGGUGUUUCUUAGUAUAUAGAUUUGUUAUGUACCUAAAAACAGUCUAGACACCGUACCAGGAUUAAAAAUGGACAUUCGCUAACUGCAGAAAAGACAUGGAAUGGAGCCAGGAAAAUGAAAGGAUAAGGAAGCAGAUCAUAUCACGGAAGUAAAAUGAUCUUGAAAACUCUUCUUGAAGAUGGUGAUGGAGUGAGGCAGAUGUCUGGAGAGGAGGAGGGCAUUCCAAUGAUAAGCAACUGCUAAGAAAAAUUUGCACAAGCAUUCUGCUUGCCGAAUGCAGGUGUUGGGGGUAUUUAUUUUCAUGCAGACCCUGUGUAGGCAUAUUCCUAAGACACUAGCAUAAAACCCAUCUUCUGGCAACAGAACUUUACAAGACUGUUGGGGAAAGCUGCUGAAGUUCCAUUUGCAUACUGUACUUUAUCCUUUGAGAUAUGUCUUGUGCACUGUGUUUUUUUUCAAGGUUAAAACAAAUCUGCAAUUGCUCUGAAAAACAUUAUGUGGAUUUGGACCAUCUUAAUUUCUGAGUAGGACUCAAUGUAAGAUAUGUACAUUCCAAAGGGGUUUGCAAACUGAGAUCUUUUUUGUUCAUACACCAUAGUUUCCAUGUAAAGCUCUACUGUAGUCUAGGAAGGAUUUCAAAAAAGAAAGAAACCUGUUUAAUGUACAGCUAUUUAUAUAAGAACCUUUUUUUAGCAAGCAAGAUUUAUUUGGCCAUAAGCUACCAAAAAAAACCCUUAAAACUAAAAUACCAGCACAAUAUAAAAUGAAAAACACUUUAAUAUUUUCCAUGUCAGUCAUGUUCUAGGUACUAUAUACCAAUCACAGUUGUGACAUUGGUCCAGCCAAGCAUCUUAGAGUUUUGGUUGGGCGGAAAAGACAAAUAAGACAGCAAUUAAGUCAAAAGUUAACAAAUGGGUUGGCAGAGAUUUGUCCUGUGCCUGUUCCUCUGGGUCUGUUUAGUUAUGGGGACUUCUGUUUACUUUAAUGGGCUGCUUUCCCUGAACUUCAACAGUGGUCUCUGCAUUCCUUGAGGUUCUGCCUCUAUUGCAAUGUCUCUGUUCCCACUAAGGCUGGGAAGGAUUUGCCCCACUGAAUCCAUGAUUGUCAAGUAACUUGAACAGAGCGUGGCAAUAGAGUGCAGGAAGAUGUAAUAUUCUUAACAGAAGAUUCUUCACCCACAACAUAAACCUGGCCUCACAACCUGCUGUACACACACAUAUAUGUCAAUGUUAAGUGCUGGAUCAGCUAUCAGUCUUGCCUAUUUGCUUAUGCUUCCGAUGGGCUGUCCUUAACUUCUUCUUUUUAAUUGGCACAUGUACAUUUAAGUGUGUCCUUCGCCUUGCCAAUAGCAAAGCAAAUGCAUGUUUAAUUUCUGUGGGGAGUGAGGGGCAGCAUGCUGGUGAGAUAAGUAUUGACCAGUACAUGUUCACCCCAGCUGGCUUUUUUUUUUUUUUUUUUUGAGAAGCUGGAAAACUUGCAGGACUGUGUUUUUUUCUUCCCAGCAUUUGCUCCCAGGUAAAAGGUUCUGUGUCUUCAAGGCAGUGAAGGUGCUUUCCAACCAUCUCUGCCACACUUAGAAGUCAUUCACACAAUUAAAAAAAAACCCUGUUCAACCAGGUUUGGGGAGCUAUGUGUGUGCUCCCAAUUUUCAGUUGUCUGGAAGUUUUUGAUUGUGUGAAUAUCCUCUUUGUCUUCACUCUAAGUAAAUCUCAAGACAGUCUGUCUGACUUCACUUUUUAUGUUUAGCCUUGGAGAUUUUGUCCCCUCUCUGACUUUUACAGGCUCACUAGUAAGAUUCAAGAAUCCUGCCUUAGUCUCUGAUGAUAAUAAUGAUAAUAAUGAUGAUAAUAAUAAUUCAAUUUCUAUACCGCCCUUCCAAAAAUGGCUCAGGGUGGUUUACAUAGAGAAAUAAUAAAUAAAUAAGAUGGAUCCCUGUCCCCAAAGGGCUCACAAUCUAAAAGAAACAUAAGAUAGACACCAACAACAGUCACUGGAAGUACUGUGCUGGGGGUCGAUAGAGCCAGUUACUCUCCCCCUUCUAAAUAAAGAGAAUCACCACCGUAAAAGGUGCCUCUUUGCCCAGUUAGCAGGGGCUAAUAACAAGGAAGAGCUGGGCUAAGUAACUUUAAGAUGUUUUCCCCUAUCUUAGGCUGCAAUCCUGGGUGCUUAUGUUUGAUAUUAAGCUCCAUUUAACACAGUAGGACUUUCUGAUGAGGAAACAUGCCUACAGUUGCACUGUUAAGCUUCUUAAAAACCAGAAAUCUUAUAACUGUUGUGUUUCAUUCACAAAGAUGUGCCUCUGUGAGAGUUAGAAUAAAAUAAAACUCCCAUGCUGCCUAUUUAAUAAAGAAGUGAUAGGCUAUUAUGGUCACAGAACACUACAGAAGGGUAACUUAAUGUACAGUGUUGCUUACUAAUCGGUCUUUUAUUAUCCAUGGACUGAUACAAUCUUAGGCUAAGGAAGCUUCUAAUAUGUAACCUUUUUCAUAUUAAAAAAUAUUUUAAUGGUUUCCUACUAUUGGCAAGACAUUGUGAUUUAGAGCAGGGGUUCUCCCCAGGUGUUGGACUACAACUGCCAUCAUCCCCUGUCACAGUGGCCCUUAGCCAUUGAGGCAGGAGAUGGUGGGAGUUGUCCAUCAUCAUCUGGGGACCCAUCUUUGAGAACCCUGGCUGGAGCAUACUCUGGCCAAUUUAUUUAUUCUAAGCCUACCUCUGUGAUCUGGCUUUUAUUUUUAUCCUAAUCACAGAGUUCCAAUGUAUGUUCUAUACUACAGAAACACAAACUUAUCUUCCCCCACUCCCCUCUUCCUUCCUCUUUAGGGAAGCGCCAUAUAACCUUGUUCCAUUUCUCAGUACAAGCUUCAGGUCUUAUAUGAAUACAACAGAUAUUUAUAUACCACUUUUCAACAAAAGUUCUCAAAGUGAUUUACAUAGAUAUAAAUCAGAAUAAAUAUAAAUACACACACACACUCUCUCUCUCUUAAUAGUCAUUAAGCAAACCCUGUAGCCCCCCGCCCCAGUUUAUGUAUAAUACAUUGUUUUCAGCUGAUGGGUGAAAAAUGAAAAUUCAGUUCUAUGGCCAACAAUAAGGAUGCAGUCUUUAAAAACAAACACACACCUCUCUCACUGCUUGGUUAUAUAUGAGUUGUAGCAGAAGUCAUGUCAUUUCUGGUCAUGUCUAUAACUAAUACUUGCUUCCUGAAUUAUGGAGUAUGCAACACAAGAGAUCUCAUGUUCUACCCAACUAUGUAUAGUAUAUUUUCUUCCAUUUCUGUGAACAAUUUGUAAUGUAUGAAUAAACCAUUCAACAAAC